CCGGGGACUCGCUUGUCACGAGCAACGCAUGCGGAUUUUACGCCAGAACGGCGCACUCUGACGGACCCCUCUCUGCGAGCCAAUAGCUGCAGCCUCGCAAGCUGGCGGCGCACGCUCUCACCGCUCCCUCCGUGUAUAUAAACACAAGCACCCGAUAGAGUAGCAGGUCCACUGGCUUGUGCGCUUGCACGCGACACGGUUCCCGCGUCAACAAAGAGAACGUCUCUCCUUUUCGUGCGCCGCGCACGUGUACGCGUCGCUCUCGCGUCCUUCCACCACCUCCAUCGUGGACGUCACGGUACUUUAAGCGACUGCGCACGGCCGCUGUGUCCCAUUCGACUGACCCUCCCUAAUCCCCUAACACCCCCCCCCUCCCUCCUUUACUUCCUCGUCUCUUCUUCGUUCCCUGCGCUUUGACCGAACAUCCAAAAUCGCUGCCGACCUCAUGGAGCGCGCGGGCGUUGCGCGCGGCUGCGCAUACGUUCUGCUGUGCGCAGUGGCUCUCUGCCCUCCGCUGCUCGCCCGCGAGCCGCUGCUGCUGCCCAACCGCACACAGUCGGUGCCGCCGGUGCCGCCGGGGGAGGCGAUGCCCGCCGAAGAGGCCGGGCUGUGCUGGGCGUGCGCCCGGCGCGAGCAGAACAGAAUGUGGCGCCUCGAGUCGAUCCGCGCGCACGUGCUCAGCGAGCUGCGCCUGCAGCAGGCGCCCAACAUCAGCCGCGAGACGGUGCACCGCCUGCUGCCCGUGCACGCUCCGCCGCUGCAGUUUCUGCUGCAGCGUUACGGAUUCGAGGAGCAGUCCGGAUUCCCCGGCGGCGCGGCCGACGCACCCGUCUUCACGUCGACGAUGAUGCAGAGGGACGAGGAGGACCAUGCCACCACGGAGACGGUCAUCGUCAUGGCCAAAGAGCUCGACCCCAAAGUGCAAGUGAGCGGCAGGCCCAAGUGCUGCUUCUUCAAGUUCAACCCCAGCACCACGAUGUACACGGUCCACAGGGCCAACCUGUGGCUCUACUUGCGCCCCGUGCAAAAGGACACGGACGUGACCGUGCAGCUCAUCCGCCUGCAGCCGUCGGCGGGCGGCACCGUGGGUCGCAUCCACAUCAGGAGCUGGAAGACGCGGCUCACGUCGCCGAAAGGACACUGGCAGCGCAUCGACUCCAAGAAGUUGCUGCAGAACAGCUUCAAGUACCCCGAGAGGAAUUGGGGGCUCGAGAUUCACGCCGUGGACGCGGAGGGAAACGAACUGGCCGUCACGGAUCCCGGCCCGCAGGAGGAUGGUCUGAAGCCCUUUCUCGAGGUGCAACUGAUGGACCUGCAGAAGCGCUCGCGCCGCGCCGUCGGCCUCGACUGCAACGACCCGGGCAGCGAGUCGCGCUGCUGCCGCUACUCCCUCGUCGUCGACUUCGAGGCGUUUGGCUGGGACUGGAUCAUUGCGCCGAAGCGCUACAAGGCCAACUACUGCUCGGGCCAGUGCGAGCACAUGUUCCUGCAGAAGUACCCGCACACACACCUCGUGCAGCAGGCCAACCCCAGCGGCUCCGCGGGGCCCUGCUGCGCUCCCACUAAGAUGUCGGCAAUCUCCAUGCUCUAUUUUAACGACCAGCAGCAGAUCAUCUUCGGCAAGAUACCGGACAUGGUGGUGGAGCGCUGUGGCUGCUCUUAAAGAGGACGGGGCAAGCGCUGGCUGGCUGUCGUCCGAGUCGGAGAGGGUGAGGAAGAUGAAGGGAUGAGAAGGGAAUGCGCCUGGAGCGCAACAUACGAGGGUCUGAGACAACUUGUGGCGGGUUUGUCUGUGUGUGUGUGUCUGUCUAUCCUGCUGGAGUGAGGUGCAGUGGUUGUACAGUGGCGUAGCGUGGUUGGCAUGAGCCCUGCUUAAAUUAAUUAGAUGUCCUCUCGUCUAAUUGCCCCCCACCCCACGGUGCUCUCCAUGGGCCCCGGUGCAGUUGAGGCCCCUUUGACAACCACCACGGGAUAUGUUUUCAAAAGUGUAAAAAUAACAAAACUUAUUUAAAACGCGAUUACAUUUUUUUUUAAAUAAAAAUGUUUUAAUUUACGUACCACGUUUUAUAUUAAUUUAAUUAGACCAGUCACAUUUGGCGUCCGCAAAGUGCGCAAAUCAAAUAUUGGAGCCCCACCUGACCGAUUGCCGCAACCCCUGAGCUGAUAAUGGAGUUACGCCAACGGGUCCCAAAGUUUCGCCGUUGAGUUACUAAAAAAAACACAUGUCCAUUACAUGUUUUUAUCAAACGUCGCGUUCGCCAAACAGCAUGUCGCCUGCCUGUGAUUAAACUUUUUUUUUAUGUUGCACUUGACGUAUUUGACGUUUUGCAUCUCACAUGAUAAAAUAUGCGUAAAAGAACAUCCACUGCUGGAUGAAUUGCCUCAUUAAGCCGCUGCCUGUCUAUUAUCGCAAAAUUAUUACUCAAGCUCGACUUGCUUGGAAGUCGCAAAGUCAGGCUGCUGCUGCUGCUGCACGCCGCACGGUGUUUGGUGACUGCCGAGAGCUGUAAACCCAAUUGACAGUUUGAGAAACGCUGCUCUGCGGCGCUGCCUGCCGUGAGCGAUGGAUGCGAUUGCACCAGGAUGCAGUCAAUACAUUAUGGACUCAACUCACUAUACGUGUAUAUCGAUUCACGGGUGUGAUAGUCGAUGUAUUUUUUUUCUUGAGAUUCGUUAUACACGCAUGUAUCUAGAUGUUCACGUUGGCACCCGUCUAGCCACUAGAUGCCGCUACACUUGCCAAUUUCUAGAAGAGAAUCGUAUAGCGAAUUGGGACCAUGAAUCGCGGCGCGUAUCGGCACUCGCUGCGAGACUAAUGCACAACGGUGCUUGAUUUAAUAAUAAUUUACAUUUGUAAAGCUCACCUGAGCUGUCCGGGGCUCAGCUCCAGAAAAAAAAUCCAUAAUAAAUGAAGUAGUGGCGGUUAAUAUUAUUCUGAAAUUUGCACCAUGUUACAGUGUUAGAAGCUAAACAUUCCACAAAUUCACGUACUCGUGGUGUAAUCCGUCCCAGGUUUUCCUGUCGACCUGCCAAGCGAGGCGGACGAGUGCGUAGUUAUUGGAUACCGUGAACGGGUGGCCGCACCGAACAUCGGGACCCUACACCCGGCUGGGGAAUGGCUUUUGAGAACCGCAUUCUCGACGGACCAGCGUCUCCGUCGACUUAUCGAUCUAUGAUCUAUUUGAGUCGCUUUAACGUAGGACAUGAGAGGGAGGUAACGAUUAGUCGAUGAAAAUCGGUUGGUACUCUCACGGUACGUGCAUAUAUUUCGAGCUCGUUAACAUUCGAUUAUUUUAGAUAUGUGCAAAUCACUUUCAAAUUAGAAUUAAUGCAACGAACGUGAUGUAAUCUUUCAGGCAGACGCUACAACCGAUAUUGAAAGAAAAAUAAAUCGGUUAUUGACUCGAUCAUGGCCCACAUAGUAGAAGUAGAGGGGGUAGGGUAACUAGGGAUUUCGUUGUCUGGUUUAUGUGCAGUACGUACGUGACCCGUACCGUUGUACAUUUACGGACUCACGACACGUGCACUCAGCCGGGAUUGUGAGUGCUCAACCAAAAAUCUUAAUUUGAAAAUGGUUACCCUAACGUUUCUCGUUCCCCAGUCCUUAAAAUUUUAAAAAUAAGAAUCCGCAUUUUUUAUAAAUCCCAAAUGACUAACGCUGCAAUGUGGCAGUGGCAAAAACCCGGAUUCGAAUCCAUGGAUCUCAGCUGUUCUGGCUCCCAUGUUCUGUCCGCGAGAGUCCUUGUUGAGGCGGUAGAGUACGGUGUUCAUUAUAAUUUGUGCUUUUGCCCGAUCAGAUAGUGCACUAGCUCAGCUCAAACAGAGGUUGUUGACUGUUGCGUCACCGCAGCGCUUGUGACAGGCUCGGGGCAAUUUGAGGCCAAGAGUCGAAGCCUCGCUGGCACGAGGACACGGGGAAAAGCCCCACAUGUUUGAGAGUUAACAGCCCGUGGUGGCUGGCAAGAUGCACCACCCCCCACUGUUGCCACCCUUGCUCCGAGUUGGAUCCGCCAGGCGCUCCACCGUUGUUGCGCAACCACGCACGGACGCGACAGCGCCACGACACUUAGCGCUCCGUGCAUCGAUGGUUGUUGCAGCAAUGUCAUAUUGUGCACCGCUCCAUGGUCAAGGUAUAGCCGUGACAUGUGUAAAGCACUUACAUUAUUACACUGUGCCAAAGGUAUACAAUUUACACUUCAAAGUAUGUGUAUUUGCAAAACAUUAGUCGACGAGGCUUGCCGAUUUUUGAAUGUCCCGGUUAGUACACGUAUGUUGUAACGCACUGUAAGCGCUGCAUAAUAUAUUUUUUACCGCGAUGUGAGGAUGGAUAUAGAUUGGGUUUGAACACCGAUCGCGUGCGGCGUAACAAGUAGUGUGCGUCACGUGAACAGGUUAUUUGAAGUGUACGAUGUAUGUGUUUUAGCGAGCGACAGAUGCAUGACAGUGCGUCGCAAUUCUACAACUCAUCAGUUCGUGCAAAUGAGCUUCAUCCGACGGGCGUGGAGGUGACGAUGAUGUGUCGCAGUAUGCUUUCCGGUUUAAGCAAAAAAAAUCGCCGAUAUGAGUCUUUGUUUAAAAGAUUCAUAUUCGGCAGAGAGACCACUUCACUUCACCCACGCCGACGGAACGCACAGGCAGCGUUCACGUCACUCUGCGCCUGCUAUUGUUAAGGCGACCUCCCAGUGACGUUGCCGCGGUGUGCGUAUGCGCCCUGGUGCAAAUUAAACAAUUGCACCCCCCCCCACCACCACCACCACCCCUGUCAACAGCUACGCCACUGGCCACGUCAGAAGAUCUCGCGAUAAGGCUGUAAAUUUUGGACAUUUAUAAACCUGGAGCUCUUUUCAAGGAUGCUCCAGAAAAAAAAUAACCCCACAGCAACUCCUUAAAUGUACAAGAGAGGUCCGAAAACGUUCGGUGCCUUGUGCAACCUAAAGAGUGGGCUGCAUCAGCACACAACAAAUACAUGUUUCUGUAACUUUGUGUCGCUGCUUUAUUAAAAGCAUUGUGUGCCACAAGGACACCGACUCGACCUUUGGAUCCCUUUCGUGGCGGAGCUUGCUUUGUAUCCCACCUCCGAAGUCACCAGUCAACCUUCCCUCGCUUAGUGCGAGGUCGCGCAUUUUGCUCUUCUGGCCAUAUAGUCUGAAACUCUCUUCACCACCUGCCAUGCGUGCUACUCACUGCCGCUGUUAAGUUCAUGCAAACAUACCCUUGUUUUUCCUCUGCCAAUGACUGACUGCGUUUGCUCAAUAAAAUCAAUAUGCGCA